AUGAGUUUGGCAUACAACAAACUGCCUGAUGCACCAAAGGUUCCCUUCAAAAUAUGGAACCUUAAUCUUGAAGGAAACGCUGUUACUGAUCUGUCCAAUGCAGUGUUUACAUAUCCUAAAGUGAUUUUAGAGCUGAAUAUUGAUAAAAAUAACGUAGAGUACCUGGACAAGUUGCAGAAGAUGGACAAUCUUAUGAUACUUUCCCUGGAAUCCAAUGGAAUUCGAAGCAUUGCUGACACCAUAUUUGCCUACCUUCCUUCACUUGAAAGAAUUAACCUGGCAAGAAAUAAAAUUGUUGAUGUCUCACCCUUCAGAAACAUGUCAUAUAUUACAGAGAUUAUACUGACAGAAAACAAUAUAAGACAUAUCCGUCACCCAGCUUUUACUAACAUUCCAAAUAUAGCUUUCAUUGAUCUAAAGGAUAAUGAAAUUGUUUGUUAUAUACCUCACUCUGACUUCAGUGUACCAUCGAGCCUUCUUCUUGGCAGCAACAAAAUUUCAGUUAUAAACAUGAAUCCUGCAGGGAACUAUUCAAAUGUAGUAAUUCUAAAUAUCAACAACAACCAUCUUGGUAACUUUUCUAUUCAUCCGUUUCCUGGUUUAUCUAGUCUUCAUGCUUCAAACAAUUUCAUUAAAGAUGUGAUAUCUCUCAAGUAUGAACAUCGUUUUCUAACAUACAUCAACUUGUGCUAUAACCAAAUCGGGAAUGUGAAAAACUUUGAAAACCUACCUGCCCUAAAGUGGCUGGUUCUCUGUCAUAACUCCAUCAAAACCUUGGAUGAUAACAGCCUCAUUGGCUUGUUUAGUCUGCUUACCCUUGACCUAAGCUACAAUAAGUUGUCAGAACUCCUAAACUUCACAGCUUUGCCUGCUCUGAGCCGUCUUGAUUUAUCAGGCAACAUCAUUCACGUGAUAGGAAAUGCAACCUUUGACCACCUACCAAGGCUUGUUACUCUAAACCUUAGCCAAAAUCAAAUCUCAAAACUUGGUUUUCUCAGUUCAAUGCCAUCACUUGAAACUCUAUCUUUAAGUCACAACCAGCUGAGGACCAUCCACCCCCAUGACUUCUCUAAUCUAAAUAAUAUUAGAGCUCUAAACUUGUCUCGCAAUAGAAUCAGGAGUGUCAAUAAAGAUUCUUUUGGAGAACUUCAACAGCUCUGGGUACUGGAUCUGAGUUACAACCAAAUUGUGUCUUUCGAAUUCAGCGCCCUCGAACAUCAGAAUAACUUGGCAACUCUACAUCUUGCAGGCAAUCUACUGACAACUCUUGAUAUUAUUUUUUUGUCCUUCUCUUUGAAGUCAAUAGUAAUAAAUUUACAAGAUAAUCCUUGGUUAUGUGAUUGUGACCUGAUCAUGGCUGCCCGUAUGCUGGAGUCCUGGAUGGAUGAUCCUGUUGUUUGCAAUCAACCUGCUGGUUAUUACAACUCUAGUUUAGUUGAACUGGCCAUGUCCAACCACUUCACAUGUCUGCCUCAACUGUGUUCUCAGCCACUGCAGACACUGUUGACAUUCAUUGGUGAUCAGUCAGUCGAGAUACCUUGCCCAAUCAUCACCUCAAAUCUGUCGGUCAUCAUUCACUGGUCAUUUACCUCUCAUAGGCAACAACUGCCCUCUAUUGGUAGUGAACUGCCAGACGGUGUUUCUGUCCUUUCUCACAAUGCCCUCUUUAUUGAACAUGUCGGCCUGAACCUGACAGGGACCUAUACCUGUUGGAGUGAGAAUGGGGCUGGGCGAACAAAAUUCAUGGUGAACUUGCUUGUAGAGGAACGAUCAGGGAUGGUUCAGAAACUUAUGGAGGAUAGUACGUUGACAGUGUUGGCCAAGAAUUGGAAGGAAACGCUCUCCUGUGGUAACUCUGGAAGCCGUAAUAUUGAUAGAUCUAUUACAAGAAUGAUAUUGUCUGUUUUAGUAGCUUUGUACAAAUAUUUUGUUCACUUGUUACAAACAAUUGUAUUUUUAAAGUACGAAUUCAAACAGACAAACAUUACGGGAGAAAAACAUUAAUGAAAAUGGUCAAAGGUCUUUAUCUUGUUCCAGCUAAAGCUAGUGUACGGUAUACAUCCUUUCAGCUAGCUGUGUUUUAGUGUUGAGAAAAAAAUUCUUGUUUGGAAAGGAAAUAGUAGCAACCACGGUAGAUCCAUGAUUGUGUUCCACCACUCGCGCGAUAUGAAUCUAGCUACAUUGUAAAAUUGUAGGUAACUAGCUAGCUGCGCACUGCACGGUCUGCCGAAUCCAAAAUCAAAGCGAGUGCCAGUAACUAACAAGCGAUUGCCUAAUAAUUCUUCACUUCCGGCCGAGGCUGGCCACGGUAAGUGAAUUUCACCAGCAGUAUGAAUGGCACAUGUGGAAAAGCGGCGUUUUCACCUUUGUUUAUAUAAGUCAAAUUCUAUCAGUAUUUUCAUCUGUCUGACUCCGAUGGAAGGACCAUGAAAGGGUAUAGGAGAGUCACAUGACCAAAACUUGGAAUGAUUCCCCAGUGUUUUUUAAAGCGAGCAUUUAUACUGCAAAAAGCCAAAAGAGGUGGAUUUUCUGCUGGCUUUUCAAAGAACUGAACUCAGAGUUGAGUUUUUUAUUUAAGUUUUUAGUUGUGUUAAUUGGUAGUUAUCUUGCAACUCCAACAUGACUCCGGAAUGUGAGAAAACUGAUGUUUUUUGCUUGCAGUGUAAGUGACCAUAAUGAAAUGUCGCAGCAAAAUCCAAACAUGAUUUAUCUAGGGAGUCUAGGCAAUAUAAUAAGGUCAAGAAAUUGCCCUGAAGUUUAGUUGAUUUCAUGAAGGUCUAUACGAACAUAUAUUUUUAACCCUUUUAAUAUAUGAAGGGAAAGAUAAAGGCCCAAAUUCACAAAAGAGGUUUAAAUUUAACCCAUGGUUUAAACCAGGCCUUCUCAACUGAUGGCCCGCGCCACUUGUGGCGCUUGCAGUCAGUCCGAGUGGCGCGUGGCUGUUCCAAAAAAUAAAUAAGAAAUAAAUAAAAAUUAAAGAAAGAAAAAAUUUUAAAACUCAGCAGAUUAAAAAGUCGCAGUCAAAGUUGAGCCCAAAAUGUAAGCAAGCCAAUUUGUUUGUUUGAUUUUCACUUGAUUUUGACAUUUUCCGUGUUUAUUGCACCAAAAUAACUACAUAUACAUUUACUUCCAGUGUAGAUUUUGAAUUGGGAAUUGUACUUAUUAUUUCACAUCAAUAUGAAAUUAUGAUUGAUAUUUUAUGGAAUAAAAAGGUGUUGAAAAUGCCACAUGUGGGCCUUUAAAAAGCCCUAAAAUCCACUAGCUUCCGGGGGCUUUGCCCCCUGGACCCCACCCAGUAUCUCGCAACACAGUCACCAAACAUACAGGUUGGCACUUCAACCACAAUACAUUUUUGUUUUGGCACUUCUAAUAAACUAGUUGAGAAGGCCUGGUUUAAACCCUCAUUUACAUAACCCAUGGUUUAAAAAUUAGCGCAGAAUAAGCGUCCCGUGCCUUGCGCGCGUCUAAUAUUGGACCUCCUGACUGUGUUGUGCUUAUUUUGCGCUAAUUUCAAACCAUGGGUUAUGGAAAUGCGGGUUUAAACCAUGGGCUAAAUGUAAAUCUCCUUUGUGAAUUCGGGCCAUAUGGAGUAUAUGAAACUAGAAUUGCAAUCGUGAUCAGCGAUAUGGGUGCAAUGACGUCCGUGUUUCUACGUGUCAAACAAAAGAUCUGUAAGAUCUGCAAUCUGUAAGAAGUCUGUAGCUUCUGUGCUAGUGGAGAUAGGUAGGGCAAAAGAAAGGCCUCAAAAACAACCCGAAACAGACGAAAUGGUGCCUUGACGGUCACGCAUGAGUGAUUCAGGAAAACAAAGAUUUCAGUGACCUUGAUGGGAUGCUAGAGACUAAGCCUAAGAAGUUUUAAAGGAUUUGGGAUAGACGAAGGGACCUAGAAAGGGCUCGCAAACACUGCGUGCAAAACGAAUGGGAUUGAGGUAAAUGAAGAACAUAUGUGAUGACGCGUUCUGUGGCACUAACAGCCGUCAAUACUAACAAAAUACUGCAGAGUAUAAAAUGGGGUCUAAAAUGGCCCCCUUGACAGAUUUUGAAAAUGUGGCACCAAGGUGCACUGCGUAUUUCAUCUCAGAAUGUCACUUCAAAAUUUCAAGGAGAGAAAAGCACGGGAAGGGGGUGAAAAAGCAGUCUGAAAAAAUGACGACAUAGCCGUGUUAUAACUUGGCGGAAACUCAGCAGAAUUUGUAUAGUGUCCCUUGUUCAAACGCGAUUUACUCAAAUAUUUCUGUAGUAACAUAUGACGUUUUUGGUAUCAUUCGGAAGAGCACUUCGUUUCGGUAAGUUUGACACAAUUGUCAUCUACGAGCAUUGUACUGCACGCAUUAAACGGGCUGUUAUGUAAUGCAUAGUAAAUUCAUCAUUUUGGGCAACAACUUUGCGCUGACGUCAUCAAAUUUUACCAAACUUGGCAGAAAGUUCUCACGUACUUGGUUUACAUGUGUGUGCCAAGUUCCAUUGACGUAGGUAUAAGGAUUGUCAUUUUAGAGCAAUUUGAAGUUAUAUCACAAUUUUUUUUUUUAAAUAGCAAAUUUGGAGGGGAAUUUUCUCAAGUUUGGUCAGUAUUAGGGUAUAUAAUUUUGCAUUUGGCUGGAAAGGGCAUAUCUUGAAGUAUCAAAAUCCAAGAAAGGGUAUGGGUUUAGCCAGAAACAAUGGAGAUACGGCCACAGAAAAAAGUCAAUUCCCAGAACUUUAGAGGGCGCUAUUUAUUUAGCCAUUGGAGCGUAAAAUUAGGCAUGACUAUGUGCAGUUAUAAGAUAAAGAUACCGUGAGAUUUAAAAACAAAACAGAAUUUAUAUCACAAAGUUAUGGCAGUUU